AACAUCAUCAAUCAGCUGCGUAGUUUCUAAUUUAGCUCUGUGUUUUCUGGUUUUCUCCCAUCUUAGUAAAGAAAUCUGUAUUUUUAUUAAAGAUGGGUAAUGAAAGUUCCUUGCCAAUGGAGCUUUGCUCUAAUUUUGAUGCCGAUGAAAUUAGAAGGUUAGGCAAGAGAUUUCGUAAGUUGGAUCUUGACAAUUCAGGAGCCUUGAGUAUAGAUGAGUUCAUGUCAUUACCAGAACUUCAACAGAACCCUCUGGUACAACGUGUCAUAGACAUAUUUGAUGAAGAUGGAAAUGGCGAGGUCGACUUCAAAGAGUUCAUUCAGGGAGUGUCUCAGUUCAGUGUCAAAGGAGACAAGGAGUCGAAACUGAGGUUUGCGUUCAGAAUCUACGACAUGGACAAUGAUGGGUUCAUCUCUAACGGGGAGCUGUUCCAGGUGUUGAAGAUGAUGGUGGGAAACAACCUGAAAGACACGCAGCUACAGCAGAUAGUGGACAAAACCAUACUGUUCGCAGAUAAGGACGAAGAUGGAAAAAUCAAUUUUGAAGAAUUUUGCAAUGUUGUUGGAAACACGGAUAUACACAAGAAGAUGGUAGUGGACGUUUAAAUCAUCGCUGCCCUUCAGUAUUUCUUCUUCAACCCGCAAUACACGUUUUUGUGUGAUUAUCAGAUAAUUCAUCUAAUUGCAAAACAUCAUCAUUUUAAUCAUCAGAGAGUUUUGUCUCUAAACUGUUUUUCUGCGCUGACAGUAUUAUAAUGGGUCAAGAACUGUACCAAGGUUUAUUGAUUUGGUUUUCUGUCUGUAAGAGAUUUCAUGAACCAAACCCCAUAAUUUAGUUGGCUAGUUAUGUAUCAGUUUUCAAAAUUAAAAUAAGGUCCCUCACAAAAAAUAUCAAAGACGUAUUUGAAAUUUCUGUCAUAUGUUUAGGGAUGAAAAUAUACUAUGUUAUUGUUUGAAAACUGCCAAUAUUCACCAAAAAAUGGCCAAAAGUAUGAGAUUGUUUUUUCCAACUAAUGUUUUUGAUGAUAGCUAUUCACUCUGCAAAAACCUAGUUACAAACUUGGAAUAGUGCUAAACUAUUGUCUAAAAUUGUAUUUUAUCAAUUUAAAAAACAUAGUAGAUUUUCAAAGGAUAGAAUUCAGCUUUUUUCUUUUUGAGUUCCUAGGCGUUAUGGGUACUGGAAAAAAUCUGUGACUAUGAAAGAAAACACAAAGAAAUCUUGCACUAAAGUAAACCACUGAAACAUCAAUGAUUUGUAUUUCAAUACUUUUGCUAUUUCAUUGAAAUUUGGUACCGGUAACAUGUUUGGAUUCUAUUGAACCAACCUAUGUGGUUUAAUAUAAGACGAAUUAUCAGCAUUUUACUGUGACUUUUUGUGUACAUAUACUUCCUUGGCUCUAUUUUUUUGUGGUUUAGCCAGACUCACCUACAAAAUUCCUUUUCAUAAUUAAUUGUCAAAAUCAAUGGUAUAUUUUUUCUGCUUCUGUUUUAAUGAGUGAGUAUAAUUACAUGUAUUUUUUUUAAUAUUAAGUGUUACAACAAUGAAAAGACAAGACGUACGUUUUCUUGUUUCAGUAUAAACUAGUAGUUUUUCUAUUAAUGACUUUUAAGGUGUACUUGUUGGUUACAUAGUUUUGAAAUUAGCUUUUUUAAAGUUUUAGUGUUUUAGUCGGAAAUAUGCAUUGUAAAGCCACAGUUAUGAGAUAAUAUUGUUCUAACUGUAGGCCAGCAGGAUUUUGAUCAAUUAGUCAGUUAACACGUUCGCUACCGAGCGACGCACAUUUGCGUCGGUCCGGUCACUCCUACAGACUAAAAGGAAUGAUCAUGACGUUCCUUACAGACCAAGUGAUAUAGGAAUAACAUUGCCGACAGACCAAAAGAGAAAUAUCGUUUAAAUGGACUAAUUGACUUCAUAAUAACCUUAAGUGAAUUAGUAAGCAAUAUUGUUUUUAUUUUUCAUUAUGACCAAAUUUUAAAACGCCGCAUAUAUGCGUCGGUCAGUCUAUUUAAUGAAAUCCAGUUAAAAAGAUUACAUUUUCGUUUCAAUAGACCAGGCGAAGCACGUAAGCGUCGUUGUAAAUUUGGUUGUUUCAAGCUUUUACACAAACAAAUAAAGAAACUCCACUAAACACUAGCCAAAACUGCAAAGGUUAUAACGUUUACAUCUGUUCUGUGAUGUCGCGGAAUACACAAUCUAAACAACAAUGUUGCCAACUGUUGUGUGACGUAACCAAUCGUCAUAUCCACAGACCAAGCGACGCACAUUUGCGGCAGAUAUCCCUCUAGACUGAUACGAUAAAAUCCGAGCUUUAAAAUAGACCGUUGCUAAGAAAUACGUUGUUUAAUAACAUUAGAACACUGACGCAAAUGUGCGUCGUUAGUCUAUUUCAAUGUGACCAGCUGACGCAAAUAUGCGUCGGUGGUCUAUUGUGAGAAACGAGUAGACGCACAAUUGCGUCGCUGGUCUAUGCGAACGUAAAUUCCAUAUAAUUGUGGUAGCGAACGUGUUAAAUAUGUUCAUGUUCCUUUUAUCAAUAGUCUAAAUGUCAAUAUUAUUUUUUUGUAUAAUGAAUUUGCACAGUUACACACAACUAUAUCUUCAGGAAUAUAAAUUUUAUCAACUACCCCUAUGAGUGCCGAUGAUAGAAACUAAUCCAAACCUUUGUUGGACAUUUAGUUCUGUGCCUCAACACAAUGAUUCUCGCCGCCUUUUCCCUGUAUUUCAGUUGUAUCCCAGUCAACAAAGUUUUUCAUAGUACAAAACGAGGGUUAUUUUUGAGCUUAUCUCCAUGAGCUUUUCACCUUGAUCUUCGCUUGAUUUGUAGUGUUUAGUGAUGUAGCCUAACUGACAACGGAGAGUUGAAUCAUCACUGUCAUUGUCAUUACCAUGUACUUUGUACUUACUUCCCACUGAUGUAGCCGAGUCAUAUUGUUACAUUGUUGUUUAGUUUUAAACCGUCAUGAGUACUUUAAUGUUAAUGUUGUUGCAAUUGUUACAAUGCAUGUGUUUGUGUAUAUUGUUUAAGUCCUUCUAAGCUUGCGGAUCAGGACUACCAUGUUGAAAAUUAGAAGCUAGCGUAACGUCUAACGUGAAAUAAACAACUAGGCUCUUAUCUUACUUUGUAAAUAUGAAAGAAAUCAUAUAGUGCUAGAAUUUUACUCUUUUCCUGCACAUGUUCAUUAUAAUUUUUAGAUAUUAUUUGUGAAUUGUGUUGUAUAUGUUUAGAUGCCUUUAAAUGUUUAAAUUUGUCAAAAAUAUAAAUUUUAUAUAAGUUAAUUUUAUGAAAAGGGUUUAAUAAUUUAAUUAAAUAAGUUAAUGAUAUUUUUCAGAAAAUGUUUUCAUUGUUAUCAAAGUUAUGUUUUUUUCAGUCCUAUAUUUAUACUUGGACAAUAUUAUCGCUACUUGAUUCUGUCAAAGGAUCUGCUUAAUCUUAUUCAUUGUACUGUGUAAAUUUUUGUUGAUUUUCAAUUCUUUAAUAUUUUUCCGUUUUACAUAAUGUAUAAGUCAUAGAUUCUAAAAAUGUUAGAAUUUGUCUCGUCUAGCUUUAUUAAUUCUAUGGACAUUUUAUACAGUAAAUUUUAUCACAGUAUGUGUUAGCUGUUGUACAUAAGCAAAAUGGUUGUAUGUUUGUAUUUAAGUGUUCUGCAUGGUAACAUUUGAUUUUUUCUUUUUUAACUCGCACUUUAUCCAUGUACUUUUGCCAAGACAAAAAUAAACCGCUAAAAAUAUA